GUAGUACCUUCCUAGCUACCAAAUGGUUGGCGUAGAAAAUAAAAAGUGUGUUAUAUAUGGAAGAGUGUGUAGAAUAUGUAACUGUUUCGGCAAAACAAAUAAUGAAAGAAGCUCUAGAGUUAUUAUAUCUAAUUAGCUAAACUCUCAUAAUUAUAAACCAAGCAAAAAUCAGCCCAAAAGAAAAUGGCUGAAAAUUAUAGUAGUAAUGUGUUAGACCUCAACCUUGGCGUAGGGAAUGGUAGUGGCCAAGUAGGGCAGUCGCUGAGGCCACGGUGUCCGGCACCUUUUCUUUUGAAGACUUAUGAUUUGUUGGAAGAAAGCGGCGACGGCGGCAGCGGCGGCAAGAUAGUUUCAUGGAAUGGAGAUGGGAGUGGUUUUAUUGUAUGGUCUCCGGCUGAAUUCUCUGAGCUCACCUUGCCAAGAUAUUUCAAGCACAAUAACUUCUCAAGCUUCAUUCGCCAAUUGAAUACAUAUGGAUUCAAGAAAAUAUCAUCAAAAAGAUGGGAGUUCAAGCAUGAGAAAUUUCAGAGAGGGUGUAGGGAUAUGCUAGUUGAGAUCACAAGGAAAAAGUGCGAGCCUAGCGUGUUCCCUUCAUACCUCAAGUCUUCUUCAGAGGAAAAUGCAAUCACUUCUAAUAAUUCAAUGGAAGAAAACAACAAUAGCCAUCAACUACUUAUGGAGGAGAACAAGAACCUUAAGAAGGAGAGGUUGGAGCUGCAAAUGCAGAUAGCUGAGUUUAAAUCACUUGAAAUGAAGUUGUUAGAGUGUCUCUCUCAAGUUAUGGACAACCACCAAAAUAAAAGUCGGGGACAGUGUUAGCUUAUAUUCAAUUAACGACAUAGUGAAAUAGAGCUAGCAAAAAAAAAAAAAAAAAAAAAGAA